AAUUAUCUUUAAUUUAUAACAGAUAAGACGAUUUUCUAUAGAUAAUGGAAAUCCUUUCAAUUUAUCAUAUUAGUUUAUGGUUUGAUACCGGCUGGGUCACCAUGGAUCUGAAACUGCUGGUGACCAUAAUAGCCCUGUCAGUAGGGCUGGCACAUACCGAGCCUCAAGAUGAACUUUAUAGCUUUGAAUGGAUAGGAUACAACACAAAUUUGGAUGACCCUAAAUAUAGACUCCUGGAUAAUGUCCAGCCCUUACAAAUAUCUGUUGAUUUAGAUGUAUACCUAGAAGAAUCUAGGUUCAAUGGUAUGGUGCAGCUACAAGUUGAGGUCCGUCAAAACUUGACGCAAAUUGUGCUGCACCAGAACGUUGUAUCAAUUGACGAAGUAUCCGUUUUAGAUGCGACUGAGCGACCUGUAGCCCUUCAAACACCAAAUCCAUUUACAAUUGAUAGUUAUUAUGAAAUUGUUACCAUCAACUUUGCAUCUGAGAUCGCGCCAGGCACUUAUAUCAUUACCAUUAAUUACAAAGGGCGUAUUAACGAGAAUCCUCAUGAUAGAGGCCUUUACAAAGGAUAUUACUAUUACAAUAACGAGAAACGUUAUUACGCAACAACGCAGUUUCAGCCUUACCAUGCUAGAAAAGCAUUCCCUUGCUUUGACGAACCUCAGUUCAAAUGUCCAUUCACCAUUACAAUUACGAGAGGUGCCAAUCUACGACCUUCGUUCUCAAACAUGGCUAUUGCCAGUACUAAUGUUUUACCAUCCGGUAGAGUACAAGAGAGAUUCCAUCCUACACCUGUUGUAUCAUCCUACCUGGUAGCCUUCCACGUGAGUGAUUUUGUUAGUACAAAUUCCUCGGGUACAGUGCAGAAGCCCUUCCAAAUCAUCUCUCGCGAAGGACCCACUAAUCAACAUAGUUAUGCAGCUGACAUUGGUUUCAAAAUAACAGAAAUUAUGGAUUCGUACUUUAAUAUCAGCUACUAUGAAAUGGGCCAAGGCCGGGCAAUGAAAAACGACCAUAUUGCAUUACCCGAUUUUCCUUCUGGAGCUAUGGAAAACUGGGGAAUGGUUAACUACAGGGAAGCAAACCUCCUAUUCGAUCAACAAAAUACAAAUCUUCCAGAUAGAAUCAAUAUUGCUGCAAUUAUAGCCCACGAAUUAGCUCACAAAUGGUUUGGAAAUCUCGUCACUUGCUUCUGGUGGAGUAAUUUGUGGCUUAAUGAAUCUUUUGCAAGUUUCUUCCAAUACUUUAGCGCACAUGAGGCAGAUCCUUGGUUGGAAUUAGACGACAGAUUCAUUCUAGAUAGAGUACAGAGUGCUCUAUCAGGUGACGCAAGCGCAUCUAUUCAGCCAAUGAACUGGUCAUCCGUGGCUGACAAUCCCUCAAUUACCGCUCAUUUUGGUACCAGCAGUUAUGCGAAAGGAGCGUCUGUGUUAAGGAUGUUAGAACACUUCGUAACUCCUGUUGUGUUCAGGAAUGCGUUAAGAUACUACUUGAAAGAUAACGCAUAUGGCAUUGGAUAUCCUACGGAUAUGUAUGCAGCCUUUAGACGUGCUGUGUCUGAGGAUCCUACCUUUGCAACCGCUUAUCCAGGAAUCGAUAUAGGAGCAGUUUUUGAUGGCUGGGUUCAAAACGCUGGCGCACCAGUGGUUGAAGUCAACGUGAACAUGAUAUCUGGAUUAGUGUCUCUUACUCAGCGUCGGUUCCAAAUUUCCGGAACUCCACCAAAUGACAUUUGGCAAAUACCUAUUUCUUGGACCCAUGGUGACAGCCCCGAUUUCCAAAAUACCAGACCUUCAUACGUUUUGACUCAGAGAACCGGAAGUCUUCAAAAGCCGGCAGGAACAAGCUGGGUCGUUCUUAAUAUCGCUCAGUCUGGUUUCUACAGAGUUAAUUAUGAUAAUGAGAAUUGGAGGCUGAUAGCAGCCCAGUUACGAAGUGAUAAAGAUGUGAUUCAUAAGUUGAGCAGAUCACAGAUAGUUAACGACGUUCUAUUCUUUAUUCGUGCUGGUCAAAUAUCGAUUCCUGUGGCGUUCGAUGUUCUUUCUUUCCUGGCGAAAGAAACAGAUUACUAUGUAUGGAACGGCGCAUUGACUCAGCUGGAAUGGAUUCACAGAAGACUGAAGCAUUUGCCAGCAGCUUAUGAUGAAUUUACUGCCUACCUUUUGGAACUCGUCGAUGAGGCUGUAAAACAGAUUGGAUACACUGAUGGAGCCAAUGAUUCAUCGUCCACCAUCCAGCAGAGAAUGCAGAUCCUUAACUUUGCUUGCAAUUUAGGUCACCAGGGCUGCAUUGAUGACAGUCUAGCUAAAUGGAAUAGCUUUAGAAGACAAAACACGCCUGUGCAAAUAUCAUCUCGUCGUUUCGUUUACUGCAUUGGUCUACGUAAUGGAAAUGCUAGCGAUUACGAAUUCUUGUUCCAAAAAUACAAUACAUCCGAAAACACGGCAGAUAUGGUCGUGAUGCUUCGAACACUGCCCUGCAGCAAAAACCAGGCUUCUGUUGAACACUUCCUCUACCAGACAAUGCACAGCGACAAAAUCCGUGUACAUGACAGAAACAAUGCUUUCUCAUAUGCCUUGCAAGGAAACAGCGAAAAUCUGCAAACUGUACUCAACUUCGUAUUCAAGAAUUAUGCUGAAAUUCGGGAAACUUAUGGUGGUGCUGUCCGAUUAUCAAACUCCUUAUCUGCACUUUCUGGAUUCUUGACCGACUUCGAAGACAUAGUCAAGUUCCAAUCAUGGUUGUACGAGAACCAAAUCGCUAUUGGUGAAUCGUUCUCCACUGGCGUGAGUGUUGUCAAUACAGCUGUAAACAACCUCCGAUGGGGGAACAACGUAGCAGCUGAAAUUUACUCGGAGCUUCAAAGUAGAAGUUCAGCCUCUGCCGUGAUGACGUCAUUAUCCGUCGUUAUGUUGGCUUUAGCGGCUAAAUUUAUAUUUUAUUUAGGAAAAAUGUUCCUCAGAACGGGGCUGGUCCUAGCUUUAUUAGCUCUAACCAAAUCAGAAAAAUUAACAUUAGCGGAUAUAGAUGAUUCUAUGACAGUUGAAGAUGAAAUAUUAGUAAGGUCUCCUGAUAAAAUCUACAGACUACCGACAACCGUAAAACCCAUAUCAUAUGAUAUUUUUAUAGAUUUUUAUUUUGCUGAGAAGACUGACAAUCCUUUUUCAUAUAACGGAAGAGAGAAUAUAAUUAUACAAGCUCAACAAAGUGACGUAUAUCAAAUAGUUCUUCACGCUAAUGUAGAUAAAAUAAAUACUGUCACUGUCGAGACAGAAGAUGGAGCUACCUUAGAUCUUGGUACACCGCCCUUUCUACUGGAACCUCAGUACCAUUUUCUGAAGAUAAAUCUGCAGCAAGCGCUAGCUAUGAACGCUAACUAUAGCUUGAAAAUAGAUUAUUCAAGUACUAUGAAUGAGGGACCAAUGAAGAGAGGAAUUUGGAGAGGAUGGUAUAAAGAUAAUAAUGGAGUAGAGAGAAUAUACACAACAACACAUUUCCAACCAUAUAACGCGAGGCAAGCUUUUCCUUGCUGGGACGAACCUUUGUUCAAAUCAGUAUUUACAGUACAUUUAUCUGCUCCAGCCAGUUAUACCAAGAUGUUUUCUAAUACUGAAGUUGCUUCUAUUGAAAACGAUACAAAUGCCGGUCGCCUCACAACGAAUUUCUACCCUACGCCUGUUAUGUCUAGUUACUUGGUAACUUUUCUUGUGAGUGAAACAUUUCAAGUGAUCGCUGAAGACACGUCCUUCAAACCACCAAUUAGGAUUAUCGGGAGAUCAAAUACCGCUGGUCUUGCUGACCAUGCUUUGGAGUUGACGGUCAAAAUGACCAAGUUCUUCGACGAAUAUUUCGAAAUACCAUACUCUACAUUACACCCUCAUCUAAAUAAUGACCAUAUUUCAUCACCUGAUUGGGCUUCUGCCGCCACAGAAAACUGGGGAAUGGUCAGUUACAGGGAACUGUACAUGAUUAUAGAUCCAAAAGAAACAAUUAUGUCCACUGAACAAUACGCAUCAACUCUUGUGUCACACGAGCUCGCUCACAAAUGGAUGGGUAACCUCAUAACAUGCUUCUGGUGGAGCAAUACCUGGAUCAAUGAAGGAUUCGCCAGCUACUUCGGUUACAUAGCAGCUCAUGGGAUGUUCCCCAAGUAUGAAUUGCACGAACAUUUCAAUUCGAGAUACCUUCAAGGCAGUUUGUCGUUUGACUCCGGUACAUCAACUGUGCCUUUGAACCAUGAUGUGAACACUCCAGCUCAAGUGACCGGGCAUUUUGGUACUAUCAGUUACUCGAAGGGAGCGGCAUUUUUGCGAAUGAUUUCUGAUCUGAUAUCUCCAGAAACGUUCAGAAAAGCCUGUAAAUUUUUCUUAAUUGAUAACGCCUACGAGCCGACAGACCAACAGGAUUUGUAUGAAGCUUUCUCGAAGGCUAUACAGGAAGACGACACACUGAGUCAAUACAAAAACUUUAAUUUUACGGAAUUCUAUCGAAUUUGGGUCAAUGAAGCUGGGUAUCCUAUUCUUAAUGUCACAGUCCACCACUCUACAGGAGAAAUACACUUAAGCCAGGAAAGAUUCUUCAUUAGUGCGACGGCUACGCCCACUGGUCAAAUAUACCCCAUUCCCAUAACGUAUUCAACAAAAUCCAAAACAAAUUUUGACGAACUUAAACCUUCGUAUAUCAUGUCUGGUGAAAGUACAGUUUUGAACAAAGAUGUUGGAGAGGAAUGGGUUAUAUUCAACAACCAACAACAUGGUCUGUACAGAGUAAACUAUGACGAGAAGACCUGGAAUUUAAUAGCCGAUGCUUUAUUAAAAACACCGAAUGAUAUCCAUCAUUUGAACAGAGCUCAAGUUGUAGACGACGUAUUUGCGCUAAUGAGGUCAGAAAAAAUGACGUAUGCCUACGGUUUCAAGAUUCUACGGUUUUUGGAGAAAGAAACCAAUUAUCACGUCUGGAAUCCAGCUAUCAGUGGUUAUACCUGGCUUAGAAAUCGUUUUAGGCACCUUCCUGAAACACAGGCUACAUUUGAUGCACAUGUAUUGGGCCUUAUGGAACAUGUUAUAAAUUACUUGGGCUACGAACCGAAGGCAAAUGAAUCGACUACCACAAGUGUAACGAGGCAGGAAGUACUUCAUUUCGCAUGUUUGUUGGGUCAUGAAGGUUGCGUCAAAGAAUCUUUAAGCAGAUUUGUCGCACUUAAGAAUGGAAAUUGGGUUGAUCCUAGAAUAAGAAGGAACGUGUAUGUGGUAGGAGUAAGAGAAGGAGGCGCCGAAGAUUUCAACUUCCUUCUAAAUCGGUUCCAAACGUCCAACUACGCCAACGACCAAUUGGAAAUGCUCAGAGGUUUGGGUGCAACACAAGACCCACAGUUGCUGACUAGAUACCUCGAAUUAACUCUAACGAAGGAAGUUCGAUCACAUGAUAAAGUAAAUGCGUAUAACUAUGCACUACUUGGCAACAAAGCUAACUCAAAUACCGUUCUUGAAUUUGUUAAAAACAAUAUAGAAACCUUAAGGAAAGCAUACGUUGAAGAUUCCCCACCGAAUCCUGUUCACACAGCGCUAUCAAACCUGGCGUCAUAUCUAGAGGAAGAUGGUCUGCAAGAGUAUGAAGCCUGGCUCCGCAGUACACAGAGCAACACUCUUCAAUUUAAUAGUGCAAUUUCUGCUAUUAACUCGGCCCGUAACACUAUGGCCUGGGGUACAGCCAACGCAGACAUGAUCUUAGAAGCUACUAGAAGCAGUGCUUCUAUUCUUCUGUUUUCUACUACACUGGUUUUGGCAAUGCUUUUUAUAACGAUUCGCAUUUAAUAACAAUGAAUAAAAUGUUAAAUAUUUAAAUGU